GUCCAAAUGAGAAAAUGCGCAUCCGCCAGCUUCCCUGCAGGUGCUGCUGCUGCUGCUGCUGCUGCACGCCUCACUAGAUUGCAUCUUUCGGUCUCGGUGAUCUCGGUCUUUCCCCACCCUACGCGUAUGAUGCCAAAAGAUUCCGAGAAACCAAAAAGGAGCAAGGUGAUGCUUGGUAUACAAUCCAUCGCCAUAAACCACUUCACCAACUGACCAUUGGCAAGCACCAUACAGUCUCCAUGCCCGCUCACCCUCUACCCGCUAUCCCUUCUCACUCUGUCUGGGCGACGAAAAAGGCUCAAGACGCUGAAGCGAGCUUUUACGAAGCGACCAACCUGCCAGAGCCGGUAUGGCGUGAGCGAUUCGCAUGGGAGAUGCGAGCAGCCCAUUCCCUCUUUACCAACUUGGUCAAGCGAGUGUAUUUGUUUGCACAUGACGCCGUCGAGCAGGAUGACCUUUUGAACUACCUUGGCUUCAGUGAAGUGGCCAUUUACCAGGUGUACAACCAUCACCACUUUGAAGAAACCGUCAUCUUCCCUUACCUCAUCGAGCACGGCGCAGACCGAGCCAGCCUCGAAGGCAAUGUGCAAGAUCAUCACACAUUCACUCGGGCAAUGGACGCCACUUGGCUCUACAUUCGACGAGUCCGAGCUCUUCUACCUGAUGCAGCUCGAUAUCCAUCGCCAGUACCUGAGCCAGAUGAGGAGAUUCAAACGAUCGACAUUGUGGGAGAGUACGGCUUGGAUCCUUCAAAGGGCUUCGACCCCACCCUGUUGCAGAAACACAUGGAUACCUGGUUGGGAACGAUGAUGGAUCAUAUGCUGGAAGAGAUCGACACGAUCGGCCCAUCCAUGACGGAAGCAGUGGGAGAAGAAAACCUCAAACAACUCGGGGUCAUCGUUUUGAAACACCUCCAAGCUUAUGAUCCUAAAUGGUUCCUGUGCAGUUCGUUCGCCACUGUCAACAUGGAUUGCUGCAAGACCUUGCUCAAGUUGCCAUACCUCGUGAGAAGGAUCCUCGUCCCGUAUGUAUGGGCCGGGAAGUACUGGGGAAUGUGGCAGUAUUGCGAGCACCCCGAGAAUUUGACCUGGGCAGGGACUGCUUGAGGUAGCU